GGCUCUCAUCUCAGGACCCUACCGAGUGCAAAAAACACGAGGUAGCCGGAAAGCGAAGCACCAUCAAACAGGAGCUCAUCGAGAACGAGAAAUGGAGCAAGAAGAUGAAGACCAGGGUGGAAAAGGGAAUUGUGAAGAUCAAGGAAAAGUGCCUGCCAAUUAUCCAGCAGGAGCAAAAGAUCUGGAAACAAACAAAGACCAUCUAUCAAGAGGCGAUCCAGAAGGAGCUGGACAAACGCGAGAGAGAGGCUGACAUCUCCGACGAAGCAAGAGCCUUGAUCAAGCACGCCGAGGACUGGAUGGCUGACCAGGCGAUGAAGCACCAGAAGAUAAUGGACAUCAUCAUGGCGCUCAAGAAGCGCGAUAAAGAAAGAGAGGAUCAGGAACUGAGACAGUGGGAGACGUAUAUUGCUGAACUCCUCCCAUUGCCCAUGACGGGCACCACACCAACGCCUGCCGAUGGUGUUAUCCGCCUUGGUAGAGCGGAUAAUGAUACCCUGGAGGCUAUGAUCGCUGGGAUCAUAGGCAUAUCUGUCCGUCCCACCCGUGUACCGGAGGAGGCACCAGUCCUGGAGGCCAAGGGACUGUGAGAGGAGAAGAAAAACCAAGGAUAAAAAGAAGUAAAAG